AAAUCAACCCAGCUCCGAGCAGGAGAGCACGCAUCGCAGUGGGAACACCAGAAGAGCUACCUUUGACUUGGAGGAUUCUGUCGAUAAUGCCGUACGCACAACAGAGUGGCCUGUACUGGAAUAGGCUUUGCUUUCCACCAUGAAUGGUCCACAGAAAAGCCCAGCCAUAAAGUCUGUGUAUGUUUGGAUGAACAGACAACAACUGCAUGUCCCUUUACACGAGCUCGACCACGAGAGGCAUUCGGAGUCGGUGCCUAUUCCACCGUGUUCCCAACAUCACAUGCCAAUCAUGCCGAGAAACGACAUCCUCGAUCGCCCUCAGCUCCCGAAAAGAAGAAGUUCGCACGCAGCCAGCAUCCUGUCCAUGGUGAGGGAACCGCAGUCGACAUGCCGUUUCAGACGGGUUCCUCUAACGGCACUGGCCAAGCUCAUACCUUCCACCUCAGAUCAGCCGCCAGUCGCCCCCAGGACCGAAGGCCAUGCUAGAUAGGGACGACGGCAGCAAAUAAGAAAUUACGCAUCACGAUUUUUUGGUGUUUGUAUUGCUAUCUUCGCAUAUGCAGGC